CAGUACCACGCGCAACGUUAGUGUGUCAACGUAUCUAAGCUGCUCUUUGUCGAUGUGUUUCUUCGUUACAUCGUUUUAAUUUGUCAUACUUUUCGAUCAAGUCAUUCGUUUGAAACAUGAAUGGAUGAACUAAUAGCUGUUUUCUUUUCUUUUUUGUGAAAAACGAUUCAGACAGUGUAAUCGAUUAAGAGGACUGGAUUGACUAGUUAAUUAUUCGGUGAAUUUUGCGGAAACAAGUCUGUUCUUUUAGUAAGCGAAGAACAAAGAAAUGUGGUAACGAGAAUCAAAAAUAUAAUGUUGAACGUGAGUUACAACAGGCACUCGGACACGUUGCCAGCCAAAGAAUUACUAUGGAUCUUUUUGUUAAUAUGGACGAUCUCAUCGAGUCUAGCGAUCAACAUCAACUGUUGCCCAAACUCGACAUGGUCGUCAUCUUCGAAAAAUUGUUCUGAUGGCACAAAGAUUCGUCUUACAUGCUUGUCUGAUGGAUAUUACAUAAUCGAUUCUAAAGAGGAAAAUUUUACUAUAAUCGAAGAGCAUGGGAUGCCAUGGCUUCAAUUCGUGGAGAUGAGUCACAUAAAAUUAAAGGCAGAUAGUUUCUGCGUGACAAAUUGGGAAAACAACUUGCAAGUGGCUUUGAUAUGUUUCGAAGGCGAACAUUACGUGAUGUGGAAGAAUACAUUGUUUUGUAUUCUUAGUAUCAUAUCAGCCAUAUUCUUAAUCGCUACCCUAGCAGUUUAUGUUUUACUACCAGAAUUAAGGGAAGUUCAAGAUAAAGCGAUGAUGGCUGUAGUCACAUCAUUAGCAGUCAGUUAUAUUAUUCUUUCCGUACAAAAUUUAAGAUUGCCAGGAGAAAAAGAUUACACGAUAUGUGCUUCUUUAGGGUUUAUUUUAUAUUUCGGAUUUAUGUCCGUAUUUUUCUGGUUAAACAUUGUCUCUUUUAAUAUAUGGAGGACAGUUUGGUUUAAAGAUUUUAUAAUCGCAGAUAAACCACUUUUUAUUACUUAUAGUAUUAUUGGAUGGGGUGGACCAAUGUGUUUUUUAAUAGUAUCCUUAAUCGCUCAUCAUGUAGAUGGAACGCAUUUGAAACCUGGUUUUGGAGAUAAUACUUGUUGGUUUAACGGCCCUGAGCAAACGUGGGCAUAUUUUUAUGGACCAAUUGCUAUUUUAUUAACGUUAAAUAUUAUCUAUCUUGGCUUAACUGGCUGGCGAUUGUGGCAUCAAUAUAGAGAUUAUAAUGGAAGUAAUUUACGAUCACUUCGUUUUAAAUGUCUGCUUUAUGUCAAACUGAUAUUUGUCAUGGGUAUUACAUGGAUAUUUGAAGUAGUUUCAUUUGUUGAUCAUAGUAAAAAUGAUUUUUGGAUACCAACGGAUAUACUAAAUGCAUUACAAGGUUUAAUAAUAUUUUUACUGUUAGUCGCGAUGCGAAAACGUGUCAGGAAAUUGUUGGCAAAAAAAAAACCUUGUGGAAUUGGUUUUCCAAAAUCUUGGAUAGCUUAUGAAGACGAAGAAUGUGAAGAAGUUCUACCCGAAGAAGUUGAGUUAUCGCAACAUGAUUAAUAUUUAUUAAAACAUUUUUUUUCACUGAUAAAAAAAUGAUUUUUUUAAUUUUUUUUUUAUAUCAACAUCGUUUAGUUUGAAAUAAUUAUAAAUAAUGACAAAAAAAAUUAUAUAUUUGUUUGUUAAUAACAAAGUGAUACAAAGAUU